AUGAGACCCGAGGAUGCGAACAUCGUCGUCGACUCCACCUACUCCCGCUACCACGAAUCCGACGACGAUGACUCCCAGUCCUACAUCUCGGGCCAGUCCCUCGCCUCCUCCGUGACCCGCUACCGCUACGAAAAUGGCCGCCGCUACCACGCCUAUCGCGACGGCUCCUACUACGCCCCCAACGACGACACCUACUCCCACUACGAGACCAUAGUGCACCACCUCUGGCUCCUCACCCUCGACGACAAACUCUAUCUCGCGCCCAUCGCCUCCCCCACGCACAUCCUUGAUGUAGGGACCGGCACGGGCCUCUGGGCCGUCGACAUGGCGGAUGCGCAUCCCAACGCUCAGAUUCUGGCCACGGACCUGUCCCCCACGCAAAGCACGACGGCGCCGCCCAACAUCCGCUUCGAAAUCGACGACGCGGCCAGCGAGUGGACCUAUCCCCCCGAGUCGUUCGACUACAUCCACGUCCGGGGGCUGACGGGGUGCAUCCGCGACUGGCCCUUCCUCUACUCGCAGGCGUACGCGCACCUCCAGCCCGGCGGGUACUUUGAGCACGCCGAGUUCAGCGUGACCACGAACGCGGACCCGGACGGCACGAGCGUCGCGGACAAGAUGUACAGCACCUUCAGCUCUACGAUCCUGUCUAUCGGCGAGGAGAAGACGGGCCAGCGCUUCGACACCAUCAGCCACAUUGGCACCUGGAUGCGCGCCGCGGGCUUCGUCGACGUCGUGGAGCAGCACUUCGUGUGGCCGAUCGGGCCCUGGCCCAAAGACCCCAAGCUCAAAGAACUGGGCAGGUGGGGAGAAAGGAACUGGGCCGACGGCCUCGAGGGCUGGAUCAUGGCGCUGUACACGCGGAUCCUGGGGUGGAAGUACGAGCAGGUCGUCGAGUUCGUGCGCGCGUUCCGCAAGGUGAUAAAGGAUCGGAAGAACCACUAUUACCAGGAUGUGCGGGUGGUGUAUGGGCGGAAGCCGAGGGUGGGCGAGGUCGUGGAGACGCCGGCGGACAAGGGUGAAGAUGCCGCAUGA